CGGCGGAGGUGUCAACCUAACCCGGAUUACUGAAGGACGGCGCGGGGAGCCAAUGACCGCGGAGCCCAUGCUAGAGACUCCGAGUCCUCAUGCUGUCAGGGGAGGAUUUAGUGCAAUCCCGAACACAGAGUGGUUGCAUCUGAAAUAAAGUGAGAGAUGCUCAGACAGGAUCCAGACACUUCUGGGAAAAAAAUCAGUUAUGCGAAACGGAAGCUUUAAUCCUGAUCUGAAACUGGAUGUGGACGCUAUCGACUUCGGUCCGUUCUAAAUGUCCGCUCAGACGUUCACGGCUACGAGUUAAACGUGCGGAUAAUCUCUCAUCGGAUCACCUUGGACGAAACAUGAGUUUCACUAAAUGGAGGGUCUAAUGAUGGAGGGACGGAGUCGGGUCACCGCGUGCGUGCUGCUGAUGUUCGUCUCCAUGGUGACCGCUGAUUCACCUGCUGCAGUCUGGCCUUUGGAGGCUCCAAACCUGCCAAAUGAGUCUUCAGUGGAAAUCCUACAUAAUGAAUUCUCCUCCUCAUCUGGAUUAUAUCUUUCACCUAGUUCGGAUUCAUCGAAAGCCACAGAGAACUACAAUCACAAUGUUAACACUGGAUCAGUACUCGCUUACUCCCUGAACUCUGCCACAAGCCCAGAGCCUCUUGCCACACCUCCAUUACUUUCCUUAAAGUCUGUAAAGGAAGUUGGAUAUACCCCCAGAGGUUUCUCCAGACAGCCUCGACAACUCAAUUCUCCAGUGCCUACCUCCCAUAAUGUGUCCUUAUCUUGGUCUGCUAUCAGCCCAGCUCCUCAAAUAUCACAGACUACAGGUUCAUCUGUGUCAUCUAGCUUGCCUUCAGUUGGAGAAGAUUCUCCAGAUGAGCCUCCUGUUCCAUCCCCUCAGAUUCAGUAUGGGACUGUGGUAGUCAGUGACUCUGCGGUUCCUUUUAGAGACAGAUUGGAACCAUCUAGCAGAAUUCAAGACCUCCAGUUACAAACCACCCAUUACCCCAACACCCAUCUAGGCUAUCAGCAGUUGGAGUCAAGUCAUGUGUUUUUUGUACACCAUCAAAUGACUUCAGUCUCUGUUGAGCCAACUAUGGAACCAACUAUGGGCCCUCCUGAAGACCUUUUCCCAACCAACACUAUGGAUGUGGAGUAUGGCUCUGGAGAUUACCUAGAAACAAUGUCCUUCAUGGGAUCUGAAGGCAACGACUAUUCACUAGUUAGCAAUCUAGUCACUGAUGUGAAUGACUUUGAGGACUCGAAUUCAGAGACCUAUGACACCAUGUUCCCCACAAGAAUGGUGAUGUCAUUUUCCAGCAAACACUUGUAUCCCUCCUCUACCAGUGUUACUAAUUAUUUCUCCAGCAAACCUGUUGAAAGUUCCAGUUUCAAUAUCAAUUCAACCUUGAAUGGAGCCACCACUGACUUAACCAAACAGGUAACAACUUUUCAGAGUUUUACAACCGUUGUGCCCUUUACCAUGUCAAGACCUCCUGUUUUCACCAGUAUUUCGACAUCAGACUAUGGACACACCAUUUCAACCAUCCAGCCAACCAGAGUUCAUUCUUUACCCGUUCUCUCGACAACUUCAGAUGUCUUAAACCAGAACCAGUCUGUCAAUGAGACCUCAGAGUUUGCAUCUGACUGGCCAGGCACUGUUACAGUCCAACCCACUGAUGUUCUUUUACCAGACAUGAACAGUUUAGAGUACUACACCAUCCAAUUGACCAAGGAGAAUGGUAGCUCACCAGAGCCCACUGCCAAUCAGUCGACCUCUAGUGUUUUCUCUUUCAUUCCGAUUGGCACCACUCAUAUUGUGAGCACUAGAACCUACACAAUUGACCCAAGUUACAUGCUGACAGCUUUGUUUGAUGAAGAUCUACAGCCUACAGGAAACAGUUCCUGGACUGAGGAAUCCUCAACAGAUAUCUCUGGAUUUGAACCUUUUAACACCACUAUCUUGGAUCCCUCUGAAGUUGGACCGAGUUUAACAGAUACUACAUUGCCAUAUUUGGAGCCGUCGUUCACACCAACAAUAGACCCUUCAACUUCAUUGGGAGAUAUAAACUCAACCACUGAUUGGGCUACAACACCUUUUAUACCGUACAACACUUCCUUACUGGUGACUACCCCACCUCCAGUGACCAAGGAACCAGAUGGCGUGUCUUCUGUUAAUAACAGCCAAUGGAUUAUCACCUCACUUCCAACAGAGACCCUCUAUCCUAGUAGUGUACUUCCCACUGUUUUAGUAACCAGCUUUAUCAAUAUUUCUGAGAGCACAACUGACUCAUCCAUCAACAUCACCUCCACCCCUUCUGUAACGGUAAUGGCUGAUGAAGGAUUUGUGUCUGGAACAACACCUGACACCAUGGUUACUGAUAGCGAUAGCCUUUCAACCACAACCUCCCCAGAAUUAUAUAAUGACACUACUGCAGCACCUUUCACUAUCUCAAGCUCUAACAACACAACAGUGACUACCGUGAAGGACACAUCAGUUACAACCCAAUCCACAACCCUACCAACAACCACUGCCCGGAAAUAUCUCUGCAACAUUUCUAAAUCUGACACCUACUUGAUUAGAGUUGGGUUUCCUCCAGGGUCGACUGCUGGAUAUGCCAAGGCCAAAGUCAGAGAGAUUCUCAAAGCGGAAUAUAACCGCUCUGUGGAGCUACAGGUAGUGAAAGCUCCUCCAGACUUUGUGUUUCGUGCUGUGUCUGGUGCAGUGGUUUAUACUGCCAUAUCAGUCAUUAAUGCCCUGACAAUUUCUGCUCGGACCACCAGCUCCUUUAUCAGCGUGUCACCCAUCAGUCCUAUACCAGGUCUGCAGUACCAUGUUCAUACAGUUCUUCAGUUUGUACCCAGCCAUGUAGAUGUGCGAAUGUGUACAUUCAGUGAGCAGACAGAGAAGGGUCUGAUCACAGCUUUAUCUGAAGUCCGCCGACGCUCACAAGAGUCCACAAACUUCACUGUGAAUAUUUUAAACAUCACAGCGAGUUCUGUGGAAGUGGCGGCUCAACAGCAGAAGGUUCCAGUGGAGAUCACGUUUGCUGUGCGUGAUGUGCGCGGGUAUGUGGCAGGGACAGAGGUGAGCGCCCAGCUUCGACAGCUCAGUGUGGUCGAGUACAGCUACUACCUGGGCUACCCUGUCCGGCAGAUCGCAGAACCUUUCCACUACUCAGAGCUGAACACAACCCAACUGCUUCGUUCCUCAUGGGUUAGAACAGUGUUGUUGGGAGUGUUAGAUCAGCGUGUGAGUGACAAGAUCUUCAAGGCUACGAUUGAGAGGAGACUGGCUCAGCUGCUGGGCGAUGCAUUGGGUAUGGGCCGUCGUUUUAGAAGAGCAACCAGUGUUGGAAACAACAGCGUGCAGAUUGUACAGACCACUCCUCUUGUGGGCCCUGAUAACCCUGUGGAGAUUAUCUACUUUGUGGAAGGAGCUAAUGGACAGAGACUUCCCGCCGCUACCACAGCCAGCAUGUUCAACAGUCUUGACGUGCAGCAUGCAGCGAUCAUCAUGGGAUACCGCGUCCAGGGAAUAUUAGCACAGCCUGUGGAAAAGCAGGCCUCGCCUCCCUCAGACACAGAGAAGACCAACACGUGGAUAAUCGUAGGGGUGGUGGUCCCCGUGGUGGUGGUGGUCAUUAUAAUAACUAUCCUGUACUGGAAACUCUGCCGCACUGACAAACUGGAAUUCCAGCCAGACACCAUGAGCACCGUCCAACAAAGACAGAAGCUGCAGACGCCCAGCGUGAAGGGUUUCGACUUUGCCAAGCUGCACAUGGGCCAGCACAGUAAGGAUGAUCUCAUGGUCAUCCAGGAGCCGUUGCCACUUCCUGUGGCCGCCAAGGACCAAAGCCCAGCUGAGAACGCAGAGGUGCCCACACCAAAGUCCAAAGCUUCCCGCAAUGGCCAGCGACGCAGGGGCCAGAUUUCUCCAUCAGAGGGCGACUCCAUUGGCAGUGACCCACCCAGUGACAGAGGAUCACCCGAGGAGGGCAUGAGAACCUCUGGUCUGCCUACCGAUCCUAAACAACCACGUAAAAUAGCUGCAAAUGGACUAAACGGGAAGAAUAGAAUUGGACCCCCCCCAAUGAAUGGCAUGGAUGAGCCUUUAUCUUCAGCUUCCAUUUUUGAGCACGUGGACCGAAUGUCCCGCCCGACGGAUGGCCCCAAACGCCCCCCUAAUAAAAUCCAGCUCAUCGCCAUGCAGCCGAUGCCAGCCCUGCCCUUACCCAGCCCUACAGCCAAUGACAGAGCAGCAGAGAACGCCAAGCUUAACAAAGAGAUCCAGGUGGCUUUAAGGCACAAGUCUGAAAUCGAGCACCAUCGCAAUAAGAUCCGCCUGAGGGCCAAAAGGAAAGGCCAUUAUGACUUUCCUGCUAUGGAUGAUCUCAUUGAUGGUAUUGGCGACCCCAAAGAACAGGAUCAAAUCUACCAGAAGGCCCAGAUGCAGAUUGACAAGAUACUUGAUCCAGAUAUCCACAUGCCCUCACUGUACACCGAGCCUAAGAAAAGAGGGAAGCGUUCUCCUAAACAGAGAAGGAAACAGCAGCUGAACGGUGAUCUGACAGAUAGACUCAUAACGACAGACAGCGAUGGGACAUACAGGAAAUACCCAGGAGUCAAUAACAUUGCAUAUGUGUCGGACCCAGACCAGGGUGCCGAGCAUCAUAGUCUGUCCCAGACGGAUGAUGUGUUCCAUGGGGCGAUUUCUCCUCCUCCACCACCCCCAUACCUGCCCCCUCAGCCGUCUAUAGAGGAGGCCCGGCAGCAAAUGCACUCUCUUCUGGACGAUGCCUUUGCCCUGGUGUCUCCUUCAUCUCAGGGAAGCACAGCUGGCAUCACUCUGCCUGGUGUCGGGCUUAACCCUGGACCCCCACCUGCCUCCAGCCCACCAUCCCGUGGACCGCGGCCCUGGGGCCCAGGAUACCUGCCCUUGAAUCCUUACACAGGGAGAUAUGCUGAAUUAGGUCUGCCACCUUCCAGUGCGCAAGGUUUAUUGCAUCGACAGGGUUUAGGGUCCAGCUACAUCCCGUCAGGAGAGGCCCUUCCUGUUGAACAGCUACAGCCGGAGUCACUUUACGCUGGUCGAGGGGGACACACAGAUGAACUGCCCUCCUCUGCCAGGCCACGGCCUGUAGGUGGGACUACAGGUGCCCAGCUACAUCAUUUAAACCACGUUGGCCUGACAGGUCGUGUUGGUGACAGCCGGCAGCCCGGUGGGUUAAACUGGAGCCCGUAUCAUGAGGACGACAACAAGCUCGCUAACAACAGAGAGCCUGUUCUUGGCUCUCUUGACUACACCUCCAUCUCUGUAUUCCAGACCUCCAGGAAUGGCCUGAAGGAGCCAUCUGCUGCUCCUGCCCACCUGGACACUCUCGGCCUGGGCUACGCUCCCUCUGCUCCCCUGGAGGAGCCUUCCCCUCCCAACCACUCUUCCGCCUCGCUCAUCAAAGCCAUCCGAGAGGAACUGAUGCGCCUCUCCCAGAAACAGGCUGCGGUACCCAGCUAUCACAGCUGAGACCUGCCUCCUCCAGCUCCAUCAGGCAGAAACUGCACUACACUGCACUGUACUUCCCAUGGAAGUGGCUUUUUUGAGAGGACGAUGACUGUAGUCAUGUAGCCUCUGCUGCCGUCUGGUGGCAGAGAGCAUUAAGACUGGAAGAGUAGACGAUUAUCCUUUAUUCCCAUGUUCCUGUUUGGUUUUCCCUCACUGAUCAAAACAUAAGCAGCAUCCUGAGACCGAAGAACAAUGUUUUUUACCUUCUUUACAGGCGACUAUAUAAUUUGGUAGCAACUGCUCUAUACAGACCGGGAUAACAAAGCUAAACACAUUCCCGUGGUCUUCUAUUAGAAGUGUGUGUGUGUGUGUGUGUUUUUCACAUUGUGUUGUUUUUUUGCUGUGUACACUGCCUUCACAAUUUAAUCAUUUUCUACCUUGCACUGGCUCUUGUAGACUCUCAUCACUGAAAGCUGAACUGCUUUUGAUACCUUAAAUUAAUCUCUAUGAUCUCUUUAGUUUUUUUAGUUUUCUCAGUGCAUCAACUUCCCGUUUACACAUGGUUCUGAUUCUUUUAUUUCUGUAGGUCAUCUGUACAUUUUGUUUUACUGAAGGAGUUUUAGAAUUUCUGCAGUAGAGUUCCACUUCACUAAAAGCAAAAAGUGCACACUUUGUCCUUUAAAUCUGUCAGGAAUGCCUUGCCCCAUUGUAAGUGAAUUAGUGCGAAAGUGUUUUUGGACAAGUCAAAAUCAUUGUCUGUUGCUGAUCAACAGUAUGUGACAGAUGCUGGAGAGCAUCUGCAUAUAGAGCUUAACUCAUUUUGAUCCCAGAACAUUCCUUAAACUGUCCAUUUGUUCAUUUUUAAACCAUCUAUUUCUCAGAAACAGAAAAUUGGGAUAAUUCAGUACUUUCAGUAUUACCACUGUAGAAAUGGUAUUGCAGUUAUUUAAACUCAAACUAUUGAUUAAGUUCAGGCUUGUUGCCCAACUGCAUUUUCAUCAUUUCAUAGCAGAAAGUGUUUUUUAUUAUAAUAAUUAUUAUUCCAGGAUGCACUAUUGCUCAUUAAACUGCUGUUGAUUAAAUGGGUGCAGUAUAUUCCUCUGUCCUCAUGCUUUUGACGUGUUAGAAAAGCAUAAAUCUGUAGUGUUAGACUCGCUAAAACACUGAUCCCUUGGCUAGUUGUACUUUAUUUCAUGCUGAAAUUGUGUUCUUGCCUUUUGUGCUAAAAGAUUUUUGUUCAUGUUGCAAACAGGAGCAUCAUUUGCUCUAAGAAAAAAGGACACUUUUCUGUUGAGGACACUUCACUAUGCCCUUGUUCAUUUGUGGGAAUUAGUUUUUUUUUAUUUUGAUUUUAACUUUGUCUCAUUGGAACUACCUUGACUUGUAGUUAAAAAUCAGCUGACUCUUUAUUUAAGUGACAAUUAAAAAUGAUUAUCAUGUG